AUGCCACUGCAUUCAGCUAAAACACUUUAUCGAGGUCAAAUCAUUUCAGCUGGUGAACUUCAACAACUCAAAGAUAAUAUUGGUGGCGUUUAUUCUGUUAAUGCCUUUUUCUCAUCGUCAACUAACAGUAAUGUUGCUCUUACCUUUCAAACUGGUGCUUUUGGAAAACCUUACUUCGAAUGCGUUCUGUUUGAAAUUCUUGUCGAUAAUAAAACUGAUUCCAAAUGGAAGGUGUCAUUUGCUGAUAUUCAUGAUGUUAGCUUCAAUAAAGAUGAAGGUGAAGUGUGA